AUGCCAACAGACCUUCCAUAUGCAGCUGACGCAGAGGUUUCUUUGGCUCCGGAAGAGCUGGCUGUACUCCGCACACAAUACGAGAAGGAGUUGAGCCAGGGAUACGUAUCUGUUCAGACCAAGUUUAACUAUUCGUGGGGUUUAGUAAAGAGCCAGCGGAGAGAUCAUCAGGUAGAGGGUGUGCAGCUAUUGCUUGAGAUUUAUCGAGCCGAGCCUGCAAGAAGACGAGAGUGUCUGUAUUAUCUAGCUUUGGGCCACUACAAGAUGGGCAACUUGGAAGAUGCUAGGAAAUUCAACGCGCUUCUGCUAAGCAAAGAGCCGACAAACAUGCAAGCCCAGAGUCUAGCUCAACUCAUCGACAAGAGUACUGCUCGAGAUGGCUACAUCGGCAUGGGUAUUGCGGGAGGCGCAGCAGUUAUUCGUGGACAUGCCUCUGAAUAUCUCAAAGCCGCAGGACCGCUCAUAUCAUCUUUCCAAGGCGCUCCUACCGCAUAG